CUCCGGAUUUUUCUCUGCGGGAAGAUUGAGUAGCAAUAUUAUGUUAUAACUAUUUAAAUUACAUCUGUAAACCAUAUAUACUUGGUAAUUGGUCGGUUCAUACUUUUAUAACCUUCCAUUGUUGGUCAUAUGAUUUAUCAUCCUAUUGAUAUAAAUUUUGUAAGCUACAGUUUGGGAAUAGCGCCAAAGAAUAUCACAAAAUAAGAGGUACUAUUCUGUUAUUUCGCUGCUUAAGAUCAUUUUAGAAGAAAAGCGAUACUUCACGUGAUAUCGAUCUGAAGAUAUCGAUUCUGGAAGAGUGCGAUGUACGGUGGAGAACUGAUUUCUGAGAACAAAGACUUCCCAUGGGUGGUCCUAAUUCUGGGCCAGAUCAGCAGAACUUACUCGAAGAUGUGCAGCGGUAGCGUCAUUGCACCUCGUUGGGUUCUGACUGCAGCGCAUUGCAUGAUGAACGGGGAGCAGAAUAUCCCUAUUAACAUGCUUACAAUUGAUGUAUACUAUAGGCUUAACGCAUUCAAACGAUAUGAAGUCGAAACGGCUUACAAACAUCCCAAGUUUAGUUUUGGGAAGAAGGACAUGCAAGAUCUCGGGUUGAUACGAACUAGAUACGCGAUAGAAAGUACAUCCGUGGGCGUUGUCUGGACUUCCAUCAAGUAUCCGAACUCAUCUUGUACCAUUUUAGGUUACGGACUCAAGGGAAGAGUGACCAAGAACGAGACUCAUGUUCCAUCCCUUUCCAAGAUAAAAGUGAACCUCCUUCCUAUAAAUAUGUGUCAAAGUUUCUAUACGAUGGACAAUCCUCUCAUCUGCUUGUUCGUCGUGGACGGAAUGGGACCUUGCACCGGGGACUCAGGGUCACCAAUGAUCUGCGAGAACAAGAUCGUCGGAGUGUGCUCCCGCGCUGUCUUCGGGAACAGUAAGACGGCCUGCGGGGUGUACGACGUUGCGGUCAUCCUCUACCAGAGGAUCGACGCCGAUUGGAUCCACUCUAUGAUAGCCGGGGAGUACUCCAGCCAUGAUGUCCGUGCCGCCGGCAUCCUGUCUCUUACCCUCCCACUCAUCUGCAUUCUGAUGAUGAUUUGGUAAAAUGAAUUCCAGCAAAAGAUAUUUUCCUGAUGCUGAGGGAAUAAAUGCGAGGAGCUUCAGCCCAAGUUGGCUGACUUCAGCUUGAUGCAACGGGCCGUGUUUUCGCUUGUGUUGCUUUUUUUUAUGUUGGUGUUUUGAAUAAUAAUAAUAAUUAAUUUUAAUAAAGUUAAUUCUUCUACAUA